AUGAAACACAGUGCACCUAAGAAAGGUAUUGUUGUGAAACCAAUGAUCAGUUCUGAGUUAAACCCAAGAUGUCAAGUUGAUCUGAUAGAUCUGCAGUCAAACUCAGAUGGUGAAUAUAAGUUCAUAAUGGUGUAUCAAGAUCAUUUAACUAAGUUUGUCCAGCUACGACCUUUGAAAACUAAAAGGGCUGAAGAAGUAGCGUAUCACGUUCUUCCAAUAUUUUUAACAUUUGGUGCUCCAGCAAUAUUGCAAUCAGAUAAUGGUAGAGAAUUCAGUAAUCAAGUCAUAUCCGAAAUAUGCGCUAUGUGGAAAGAUGUUAAGAUAGUUCAAGGAAAGCCUCGUCACAGUCAAACACAAGGCUCAGUUGAAAGGGCCAAUCAGGAUAUACAGAAUAUGCUGACUGUAUGGAUGAACGAUAACAAUACAAAAAAAUGGUCAGAAAGUUUACCCUUUGUUCAAUUUGCCAUGAAAACUACAUACCACGAAGGAAUACGCCAAAGUCCUUAUGAAGCCAUGUUUGACAUUAAAGCGAAAAGAGGCAUAGCGUCGUCUUUUUUGCCUAGCGAACAAAUCGCAAGUAUCGAAACUGAGGAACAACUUGAAGAAAUCGCCAAUACUUUUGAAACCGAAGAACAGCUUGAAGAAACUGGUAAUACUUCUGAAAAAAAUUUAAGUGGUGGUCAAACCGAAAACCAAAUUCCAAAGAAAAAUAUUGAAGAGGACUUGCAAUCUACCACGUCUUCACAUCAAGUUCUGAAUGAAAAACACGAGUUAAUUUCUAUGAAAAAAACGGCCUCGAAAGAGAAUCUUCUACUGCAAGCAACAAAAAUGUUGCGAACCUCACAAAAUCAAUUUCCUCCUGCUCAAAUUGGUGAUACUGUACGAAUACAAGUCCCUGAUGUCGACAGUGGUCGUACAGAUAACCGAAAUGUGUUAGCGGUUGUUGUUGGAAUAGAAGACUCCGACUUCUAUAAACUUGCGAAUGAAAAUGGUACCCUCAAGCAGCUUUACACACGUAAUCAGUUCAAAAUUUGUAAAGAAAAGCUCCUUUCCAUAGAUAAGAUUUCUUUUCAAGAAAUUUGGCUGAGAGAAGCAGCUGCAGCUAAUUCGAGAAGCGGUGGGCAAGACUAUACACGCUGUCAUAGCAAAAGAUGGUGUUCCACAAAUAAAUGCAGUUGUAAAAGCAAGGGCCUCUUGUGCAAUUCAAAGUGUCAUAAUAGUUUAACACGUUGCAAUAAAUAA